CCCCCCCCCCCCCCCGUCCGUCCGUCCAUCCGUUCUGUGUGGUCAUGACGCAGAGCCAAUUCGCCACAAGUGCCCUUAUCCUACUGGUCAUCCUGCUGGGACUCACCCUAACCCUUCCGCCUGCCACCUCCGUCCCUGUGCCGACCGAGACACACAGCCCCAGCGACAGCCAUGCUCCUACGCCUCCUGGGCUUAGGCUACCCGUGGGAGAAAUGGAUGUGCGGGAAGGGAAGAAGGGCGGACUUCCACGGAGAGAGAGAGCAGAGGAGGAGGAAGAGGAGGGUGAGCUUUUCGGAGACAUGGACCCCAAAACAUUAGCGGCCGUUCUGCUGGAGGCGAUGAAUAAGCCGCACGGGGAGAGGAUGAACGGAGGCGUGGAGGAUGGUAGGAAGGAUGAGGAGAGAGGAGAGGAGGAGGAGGGAGAAAGGCAAGAGGAAAAGGGAGAGGAGGUGAGAGCUGCGUUGGAGGAGGGAGUGGACCGAGACAGGGACGGUCGAGAGGAACUCGAGUUGGUGAUGGCCGCCGCUGCAGAGCAGGGCACGGAGGAGCGACAGAGGGAGGAGGAGGAAGAGAGAAAGAGAGCACAGGAGGAGGAAGAAAGACUAACAGAGAAGGUGACUAGCCGUACCACCAGCCAGACUGUUCCUGUGAAGGAGAAACAACCUCCGACGGUAGAAGGAAGAGGGGAGGAGGCUGGAGGAAAGGAGGUAGGGGCCAGAGAGGAGGCGCAGAAGGGACCUCCCACCUCCCAGGAGAUCCAACAAGAGGAGCAGGAGCAGCUAAGCCCAGAGGAGGUGCAGAACCUUCAAACCAUGUUGGAGGAAUUACAGAACUACAACACAGCCAACAAGAGAGAGAGGGAGUCUCAGGCCCAGGAGCAGAGAGAGAGGGAGAGCAGGGGUUACAACCAACAUGACACAGACCAAGCCCUGAUGGACAACCAGAUUAAACCUAAAGCGAAAGGAGGAUAUCCAUUAGCCAUGUCCAAAAAGAAGCUCAAAUGGCAGGAGGAGACUCAGAAAGCCCUGAACAUGCCCACCUAUAGAGGAGGCAACUUCAUGGACCACUUUGACGACAAUCUGGCUCACCAAACGGCUGAGGAUGAGGAGGAUGAUGAGGGAGACGAAGAGGAGGAGGAGGUGUUGAGCCCCCAGGAAGAGGAGAGGAGAGCGAAGGAGGAGCAGGAGGAGGUCAGGAGGCAGGCGAAGGAGGCGCAAAGGGCCAAAGCUGAGGAGGAGAAGUUGGCGGAUAUCGCCUCAGACAUGCUCCUGCAGUACAUGGUUAAACAGGACAAAGGGAAGUACUCCAACCAGAACAAGAAGACCCUGCUGUCCAACGCAGCCGAGGACAAGCGCUCAGAUGAGGAGGUGGUCAGCGAGGAUGACGAUAUUGAUCCUCAGACCAUCGAUAAGCUCAUCGAAAUCUCCAGUAAACUCCACCUCCCGGCAGACGACAUUGUCGACAUCAUCAGUGACGUCGAGAAGAAGAAGAAGAAAGACACUCCUGAGAUGUUACCCUGGCAACGACCCCAGCAACGACCCCUAGUUCCCCCAGCAACCCCCGCCUUCGACACUCAGCCUUCAGCCCCACGCAAUCCCAACCUGAAUCAGCCUUCUCCAGCCAUCAACCCCCUCAAGGCCUGGUUCAUGGACAUAUCCUCCUCAAAACAAGACCCAAACGUCUGGAUCAAACCGCGACACAAGUCCUUUCGGACCUCCUCCUCCAACUACCCUGCCUAUCCCUUCUACCAACAGAGGCCUUACCGAGGGUACUACCCUCUCUACUUCCCCCCUCCCAAGCCCAAACCUCGCUACUACGCCAAAUCCUCCCUCAAUGACCUCCUGUCGAAUUCUCUGGACUACGACUCUGCCUUCCCCCCCAAGAGGAGGUACCGUCCCUGGGUACAACCCCGCCCAAGGAAUCCCCCCGUGGCUCUCCGACAGAAGCUCUACUACCCCAAAUACCUCCUCCCCUCACACCCCCGGACAUACAACCACCCCCCCAUCCCCAUGGCCAAACCCCGGUUGUCGCCUCCCAGGGGUCAGGUUCAGCCUCGACGUCGGCAUGGUUACUAUUACCAAGCGCCCCCAGCGCCUCUAGUGACCCGGGACCAAGAUUAUUAUGGGAUGCGGGGGUUGGGGCAGCAGCAGCAAGACAGUGACGAAGACCUGGAGAACUACAUUCAACAGGUCUUUAUGAAACCCAGACCCAGAAUGUAUCAGUGAAGGGAGAGGAGAGAAAGAAAGAGGGAGCGCGAGAGACAGAGACAGAGACAGAGAGAGAGAGAGAGAGAGAGGUAACAAUGGAAUGUAUAUUUUUCUCACUUACUUUUGAUUUUGUUUUUGGGUUUGAGUCUCGUGUCUUUUUAAUGUUUAGCUAGAUUUUGGUCGAAAAGCAACACAAAAAUGUAAUUUAGCCGGGGGGGGGGGGUCUUUCCUUCGCUGUAGAGUAUAAAACAAACUUGCAGAUAGAAGAGAGAGAUAUAGGAGGAGACAUCCAUUCAUUCAUUCCUCCACUUUGGAAGAUCACAUGAGAAACUAAGGGUCGUUGUCCAAAAUGACUUUAAGGGGACACAAAACCAACCGUGUAUAGAACUAUAAAACAUACAGAACUCUCCAAUGGAACUCCCGGCUCUCACCAUGUCAUCAUGGAAUCCUGACGGAUAUGAGGGAGCAUCAGCAUCAUUCAGAGGACAUUAAACAUUGAGGGUUAAUCCCAGAUAGUACCCUAUUCCUUAUGUAGUGUAGAGUUCUAGCGGCCCUGGUCAAAAGUAGUUCACUACAUAGGUAAUAGGGUGCCAUUUAUGAAGCAGCCCGACAGCCAUGUUGCCCGUCAUUCCAAACUUUAGAGUUUUGUAGUUGUUAACAAAUACGCAGAUGUCAAUGUUUGGAACCAAAACGUGCAGUCAAACAUGUUUAUAUUCCAAAAGACUAGCCAUUGCUAUUGGAGCAGAGGCCCCAUCGAUAUUAAGCCUUACCAACAUGUGUGUGUUAGGUUUUAUUAUUAAAUGAGCAUUUACAUGAUCGUUCUAGUUAUACAUCAUUGUUUGUAGAAAAUUUUACUUGUAAAAAAAAAAAGAUUGAAUUGCACCUUUUCAAGAACUAACAGAUACAAGCAGUUAAUCUGAAGGAAUGAGGAGAAAAACUCACCAUUAUUCCAUUGAUCCCCUUGAUAAGUUGCCAUGGCAAUAUGCAGUGCAAGACUGUCAAUAUUGACCAAAUAUGUUUUCUUUUGUAUUUUUUUCCCAUUUGAGUGUUACUUGUCUGUUUUUAUCAAUUCUGUUUUGUUUUUUGUCAUAAUAUUUUUUGCAUAAUGUUUGAUUUGAAUGUAAAUUGCCCUUCUGCAGACAAUUUGAUGAUUUUAUUUCUGUAUUUAUAAUGUACUUUAUUUAGAUUUUUUUUUUUACAAAGCAGUGCUAAGAUUUACAUAUUCAUACAUUCCAAAUAUUUGUAAGACAAAGUGAUUUUAAUGAAAAGUUGAAAAUACUGAAAUACAGUUUUAUAUUGCCUUAUAAUGAUGAAUUCCCCCUCAUCUUGCUGAAGGCGGGCAGCUUUGUUAAGGGGGUAGAAUUUAAUCGAGUGACGCUCUUGUAGGGAGUAAAAUGGGGUUGUGAUCUCAAUUCCAUUCAAUCUCAAGUCGAUUCAGAGAAUGAAUUAGAAUAUUCGAUUCACAAAUAGAAAAACGGUAUGGGGAUUUUUCAAUGAAACUGACUUGAGUUGGAAAGGAAUCUUCCCUCGCUCCCGAUGAAUGAGUGAUAUGAGAAGAGAAAAGGGAAAAUAAAAAAACUGAAAAGGUCAAAGAUAUUCACUCUGUGCUACCAUAGAGAAACAAAUAUGGCUCUGUUUAUGCCUUUAGAGGCUGCAGAGAGGACCGGGAUUCAGAAUCUCACAGGUGUUACAGGAAAUCAAUAUCUAAUCACCUCCAAAUACUUACUCAUUUAAUAUUGCCUUGGGAACUAAACCCCAACAAACUCCCGUUUUGUCACGUUUACCCGCUCAAGUCUUCAACUAACCAUGUGGCAAUCUCAUAGCCGAGACAAGGUGUGCAUCCCAAAUUGAUCUCUAUUCCCUUCAUAGUGCACUAUUUUUGACCAGAGCUCUAUCGGCACUGGUCAAAAGUAGUGCACUGCACAAUAUAGUGAAAAGGGUACCAUUUGGGACGAACCCAUUGGCCAUAGCUCAAUCAAACACAGCAUAGACAAUCUCAAAGUGAAACCAUUUUCAAUGUGACUGACGCCACAGACGCUGGCGAAAAAUCCCUUAUUUUACAAAAUAGAUGAGGGGAGAAACACUGGGGGAACAUUGGGAGUGGUGUUUGAUAUGUGCGUUCCGCUUGACUGAGAUUUAGACUUGGCACCUUAUUCCCUACAUAGUGCACUACCUUUGAUUAAAGAAAUGGCACCUUAUUCCGUACAUAGUGCACUACUUUUGAUCAAGGCCCGUAGGGCACUAUUGGUAAUAGUGUGUCAUUUAGGACGCACCCUUGUGACUGUUCCAGUUCGUUGAAAUGAACUCAUUGCCAUUUGAUAUUUGAACGGGUUCAGCGUUUACUAGGAACACUGAUCCAAGGGGACAGACUCACCCUUCAAAACCUGGUACUCAAUACUGAAGUUCCCUAACUGUGAGGUAUCUGCUUUAGGAGAAAAAGAGAGCGAGAGAUGUUAAAGAAAGUCAUGAAAGUAGGGAGGGACCUAAAACGUUAAUUUCAUUUUGAAACCUUUUAUUUAUUUAUUUUGACCAAGGGACAAAAAGAGGGAGGGAAAUAGAAAGGGUUGGGGAUGAUUGAAGAGAGAGAGAUAGAAAGAAAGAAAGACAGAAGACAGUUUCUGCUGCAUGUACCUGCAUCUAAAAUGUGUUGCUUCUUUUUGAUGAACUUAACAAGCAUUGAAAAAAAAGUAUAAAAAAAAUCUAAAAUAGCUAAAGAUGACUUUAUAGACGUAUGACGUACCAGAUAUAAAACCCUGUUGAAGUCUUGUACGAGGAUGUUGUUCUGAUCUAUGUACUCUAUGUCUAGCUGUACCUUGUAUCUAUAUCGUAAUAAACAUGCGUAUUGCUGAUUGUAAAUAACCGCAUGUAUCCAUGAUGACUAGUUUUGCUACACAAAGAGAAAGAAAUAAAAUCAACUAUUUUUUAUUAUGAAA